AUGGGCCACACAGGGACGCAGCUCCAGCGGCGGCCCAAAUCCACGGCCCCCAAAUUCCAGAGUGGCCUCAGCGGGGCAGGGAGGGAGUCCCAUGGCUGCCCCGCAGACCACCCCUGCCCUCCAGGUCCCCAUGCUGCUGCCAGCCUCCUGCCCAGGCUCGGACUCCCAGGGGCCUUGAGAAACCGAGAAGCGGCCUCCUCCCGGAUAGAAGGACUUUUUGCAGGAGUCAUUCGGUGGUUGGAUUUGGUUCCAUCCCCAAAGCUCCGCAACAGCCAUGAGACUUCAGAUUUGCCACACUCCAGAAUUAUAGCCCCUGAAGAUCCAAACACAGCACAGAUUCCUCUUGGCUGGGGACUAUGUCUCUUCCAUCCUAUGAGAAGUGUUAAUGCAACCAUUAAAAGUGAAGGUUGUGGGCCGGGCACGGAGGUUCAGGCCUGUCUCCUGACCCCUUUCCCCACCUUCUGGCCCCCAAACCCUGCUCCAUUCCUGCUGCUGGAUUUACUGCUGAGACUCACAGGAGUGGCAGGUGAGGAGGAGCUGCAGGUGAUUCAGCCUGAGAAGUCAGUGUCGGUCACAGCUGGAGAAACGGCCACUCUGAACUGCACUGUGACCUCCCUGCUCCCUGUGGGACUGGUCCAGUGGUUCAGAGGAGCUGGUCCAGGCCGGAAAUUAAUCUACAGUCCAAAAGGAUGCCACUCUCCCUGGGUAACAACUAUUUCAGACCAGAGAAAGAGAAACAGCACAGACUAUUCCAUCCGCAUCAGUAACAUCACCCUCGAAGACACUGGCACCUACUACUGUGUGAAGCUCCUAAGAGCAAUUCCUGCCAACGUGGAGAUUAAGUCUGGACCAGGGACUCCGAUGUCUGUGCGUGGAGAGUACAGUGUGGGCCUCCUUCGUCCCCUAAGUUGUGACAAGAAGUCAAUAAUAGCACUGUCCUCUCUGUCAGCAACAAUCAAGGGUGGCAGCCCGGUGCCAGCUCCUACUGCCCCACUCCUCCUAGGUCUCCUCCUGGGCUCCAAGGUGCUGCUGCUGGUUGGUGUCUCUGCCGCCUACGUCCACUGGAAGCAGAAGGCCUGA